UGAACUCGCGCGAUACUUUCAUAAUGGAGGAACUAGGAGGCCUGCAGGGAGAGCUCCAACCCCGCGAUUAGAUGAAUGGAGUUCUUCAAGGUGGGAGUAUGUGAGUCCUUCAGAUGCUACAGAAGAUUGAAGCACACGACUUGUGUUUUGCCGGCGAGAAAGGGCAUAAUCAAAGAACGAUGAGGGCCGUCGUUCAGCGAGUGGCCUCUGCCAGUGUUGAGGUCGAAGGGCGCACUAUAUCGGAGAUUGGGCCGGGUCUUCUCGUCCUCGUCGGCCUUCACGAUUCCGAUGCCGACUCCGAUGCUGAUUAUAUAUGUCGAAAAGUACUGAAUAUGAGAUUAUUUCCAAAUGAAAAAACAGGGAAAACGUGGGACCAAAAUGUAAUGCAGAGAGAUUAUGGUGUUCUACUAGUCAGUCAGUUUACAUUGUAUGGGAUUUUGAAGGGUAACAAGCCAGAUUUUCAUGUUGCUAUGUCACCCGAGAGAGCAAAACCUUUCUAUGCUUCUCUAGUUGAUAAAUUCCAGAAGUCCUACAACCCCGAUGCAGUAAAAGAUGGUAUAUUUGGAGCAAUGAUGAAGGUCAACCUGGUUAAUGACGGCCCAGUUACAAUGCAGCUUGACUCGUCACAACCGUCCAAGUGAGAAUGCAAAUGAUGCAGUUGAAGAACCAUAAAUGGCUUGAUAGGCUUCCGCUGUCGGAUUAACUAAAAGGUUCAGUUUUGGCUAGAAUGACCGAUUCGGAUACAGGUUCCUUGUAUGUGCCAUAAUGUUCUUGGUAGCCUGGAGUAAACGCCAUGAGUUCUUUAAUCAUAGCUGUUCUCCAACUAAAAUAAUUAUUUGCAGUUUGAACAACCCUUUUUAUCUCAGAAAUUAUGCUUGGUUGCUUUGCUGGAUUUUCCAUAUUUGAAAUAAGAUGUCUUUCAAUGCUUCUUUUUGCUCAAAA